AAAAUGGGAUUUGAAGAUUAGAUUCCACCAGUUCCUAAUAGAGAUCAAGAAAAGAGAUAUAUUGCUACAGUUGAAAAGUCCUUCUAUGAUCAACCACUCUAUAAAUUUUAUAUGAAUGAAGCCUUGAGAGAAAGAAAAAUGGAUUAUGCUGAUAAAUUAAAUACAUACAAAUAUGAAUGGAUUCUUAACUUUGCUGCUUCUGGACUUGUGUUCAGUUUGUUAUAUGUAAUAUUAAAUAAUAUUUAAUCAGUUUAUCCCUGUGUCAUAUUUUUACAGAUAAACAACAACUGGUGUUCCAACAUACUAUUAGUAUUUAUCUAAAAUUAAUUUUUAGACCAAAGAACAAAGCUGUAUUCAAAUAAGGAUAUUUGCAAAAUUAAAAUUGGAAAAGAUUUAAAUUAUAUUCUUUCCUUGUUGUUGGAUCAGCAUUUAUAUUUGCUCAUACUUAUACCGAUAGAUCAUAAAUUCAUGACGAAUAUUACAAUAAUGUUGGUGUCAUCAAACCAAAGUUUGAAUGAUAUAAAUCGAUAAAUAUAAAAAAUUAUAUUAUAAAACCAC